CGCAUUUGGCGCCGAGUUCCAUCUGGACGGCACUUUUUCCAAGUUGCACGGCCAACCCUUCCUUAGCGCUGAAAAACAGAAUUACAGCCGCAACCAUCCAGCCUCCUCCUCAUCAACAGGUUCAUUGGCCCUCUGGAGCUGCUCACUCCUUACAUUCCCCACAGAGCAUCUCCGCAUAGGCUACACAACACCGCAACUCAGGACCAUGCACACAAACACCAGCAAAGCGGUGCUAGCGCCGCUCGCCGACGCCGUCUCAUCCCUCAUCGUAAUCGUAUCCGAUGCCGAGACCGAAGGCACCCCUAUGCCUAAUCUCUCCCCGCUCGCGGCGGGAGUGGAGGCGCAGAUCGCCAACCUGGUCGGCGUGGGCAGGAAGAUCGAGGCGCAGCCGAGCGCGGAUGCUCAGUUGAAGGCGGAUAUGCCCAGGGCGUGUGCCGAUGUUACAAAGGCCGCCCAGCUCCUAGUCUCCUCCACCGGCGAUCUCGUCACCGAUCCGUACUCCGCCUCAGGCCGCCGCGACCUCCUCGAAUCCGUCAAAGGCAUCCUCUCCGCAACCGCACAGGUGCUCUCCGUCUUCGACGACGCCGAAGUACGCAAAAUCCUCAACGCCUGCAGCCUCCUCCGCACUUUCCUAACCUCCAUCGCCAAAGGCUCCCCACCGCCCGAAGGCACCCAAGCGUACGUGCAGACCAUCGCGCAGGCUUCACAGACCAUCGUCGUGCUCGCGCAGCUCACCAACAAACGCGUCGCCGAACUGCUGUACCUCGUUCUGCAGACCCGCUUGCGCGCCGCGAUAGGCAGCAUCACGAAAGAGUCGCCCGUGCUGAUCAACGCGUGCAAGUUGAGCUUGACGAAUCCGGGGAGCGAGGCGGCGAAACAGUCGAUUGUGGAUACGUGUGAUCGGCUGACGGACGCGGUCGGGGAGAUUGAGAUUGUGGUGCAGUUUACGACGGAGGAUGAGGGGCAUGCAGUCGUGGGUGUUGGCGAUUAUGGGAAGGUUAGCAAGGCGCUCAGGGAGGAGAUUCUGCCGAAGGUUGUUAGGGCGCUUGGGGGCGGGGUGAUGGAGGAGAAUGAUAGGCUGGAGGUGCAGAAGGCUGUGGAGAGUCAUUUGAAGGCUACGGCUGCGAUUGUGGAUCAUGCCCAUGACGUGGGCGAAAAAGUCCGGGACUCAGUGCAACGAGCCCAAAUAAACGAAAUCUGCCAAGAGAUUGAACAGGCGCAAAAGACCCUCCCCAGCCUCGCCGCCAAAUCCAUUCAAAACCUCUCCAACGACGACGCAGACGCACGCGAGCAACACUCCCAAGCCCAACUCGCCACCCGCCAAAACAUCGACACCCUCAACGACCGCACCACAGCUCUCCAAACCGCCCUCAACCGCGCCGUCAUCAGCGACGCCGGCAGUAUCAUUGGCAACAUCUCCAGCCGCGAUGCAAAAGGCACCGUCAUCAACCGAAUCCACGCCGCCGCGUCCGUCGGUGAUCCACACCCUCUCACCGAGUCCCUCCCGGCCUUCGCGGCCGAAACCACCGCCCUCGAACACAUUGUCACCGAAGCGAUGGAGAAGAUCAGCGCGUCGGACCCGCAGACGACGCAGGAAUUGCGGAUCGCGAGGGAUAGGAUUAAGGGGCUCAGUACGGCCUACAUUGGCGCCGCGAAGAUGUUGGCGGAGAACCCGGCGGAUGUGUUGACGAAGGAGCAUUAUGCGGGUGUUGCGAAGGCGUGGGAGGAGGCGGUGGGGGAGAUUCGGAGGGUCGUUAUUGGGCAGGAGGGGGUGUUUGAGGCUGAGGAGUUGAUUUCGGGGAGUAAAAGCGGCUUUGAACACCAUGCCCGCAGCCUCGCGACCGUUGUCGCCCAAGGCAAUGUGAUUGCGACCCACGAACAUGCCGCGCUGCUCGUCAGUUCCGCACAGCAGUUUAUCGCUGUCGCGCAGAAGGAGGUCGAGGGGACCGCUGACCCGGCCUAUCGCGAGGAAUUGGAGGGGAAGAUCCAUGUUAUUCAGAGUGGCAUCCCAGACCUCCUCAACUCCGCCACACUCCUCCUCGGCCUCCACGACGCCUACCCGCUCGACGCCGCCUCGGAGCUCGCCUCCAUCGUCUCCCACCUCACCACCUCCCUCACCGACUUCACCUCCUUCCUCCGCGCCCACAAAGGUGCCCCGGGGGACGACCUGACGGCCCGCCCGCCUCCGCUAACAAUUACCACCUCCACCGCGGAACGCAGGGGCAGCACGGACACGAUCGACGCCUCCGAAGACAACAUCGGCGCCGAACUCCGACAGCGCGCGCAGGAGAUGACCGACGCGAUGGACGCCGUCACCAUGCGCGACCGGGCCGCGGCGUACAAAUCCUCUCUCUGGCGGUCCGCGGCGUCCCUGGACGUGGUCGCGGAAGCCGAUGACGAGUCCGACGACGGCGGGGAUCUCAUCGUCAACGCCCCGCAACCCCUGCUUUUGAGCUCCGAAGAAGCCGCUGCGGCCCCCAUCAAAGCCGCCGCGCAGGAACUCCUGGUCGCCUCGUCACACUUCUCCGCGGCACAGAACCCGAUCAUCACCGCCAUCACCCACAUGUCCGCCUCCCUGUCGUCGCUGUCGACCCACCACACCAAUCUCCGCCUCUCGCCCCACCCAUCCACAAAGAAGGAGUUUAUAGCCGCCGCGGGGCAGAUAGGCGUGGAGGCCGCGAAUGUCGCGAAAGCCGCGGGCGUCGUGGUGGGUGUGUGUCCGGAUAAGAGGCUGAGGGCCACGUUGUUGGGGACCCUGGAUCGCGUGCAGACGCUCGGGCAGCAGUUGAGGAUCGUGGCGGCGGUGAAGGCGAGUGCGCCGGGGGAUAGGGAUCAGGAUCGGUUGUUGAUUGCUUGCUCAAACAACCUAAUGAACGCAGUAAAACUCUCCCUCCAAGACUGCGAAUCCGCAUCGCUGCGGGUACCGCCGCACGUGCUGGAGCAGAUCGGGGUGCGGUUCAGGAGACAGGUUCAUCGGUCGAAGCAAUUUGGGAGUUAGAACAAGAACGAUAGACGUGGGGGGAUAUGGGGACGUGGGUCGGCUAGUACAGUCGAGGAAACGUUCUAUGCGUGUACGGACCAUCGUUCGAACGUCAUACACCAGCGCACAUUAAACUGAGAAUGGAGAACAUCUAUUGAAUUGCCCGAAUAAAUAUCAUGUUA